CACAACGUGCCAUCAUGGAAAAGUUACAUUUGAUUUUAGGAAUUACCUGCUUAUUUUUUGGAUCCCUUUGGGCGGCACCCCCGAUCAAGGCCACUCUACAAAAGACUGCCCCUGCCGGUGGACUAAACCCUUCCGAAGUUCAAAUAGUGCGCUACGAGAGUGAUCACGACGAUCUGGAUAAUUACCAUUUCAACUACGCACUAAGUGAUGAUCAAACGCGUGAUGAAGUUGGAACAAUCAAGGAUGGUAAAGAUGUGGAAGGAAAUAAUGUACGAUUUAUCGUCGUUCAGGGGUCCUACUCGUUCGUAGGAGACGACGGUCAAACGCACUGGGUUCAUUAUACCGCUGAUGAAACCGGCUAUCAUCCUCGCCUGGGAACUGGACCGGAACCGGAGAGGAGAUCGGUUUAAUAAUCAGAUUUGUGCAAUCGAAGCAGGACCCUGACCUUUUAUCGUAGU